AUGCGAAAGUUGGAAUGGGACGACAUGGGAGUGAAGGUUGACGGUCGGCAGCUACACCAUUUGCGCUUUGCUGAUGACAUCGUACUGGUAACACCUAGCAUCAGCCAAGCGGAACGAAUGCUGACCGAAUUCGACGAAACAUGUGGAUGCAUCGGUCUUCAGCUGAAUCUACAAAAGACGAUGUUCAUGCGGAACGGAUGGGUCUCGGCUCCAUUCACGCUCAACGGAACGAACAUAUCCGAAUGCACCAGCUACGUUUAUCUGGGUCGGGAACUGAACAUGAUGAACGACCUGACCCCGAGCUGGGCGGAGGAGUCGAGCGGCUUGGGGAGCGUACAAGAGCAUCGAGGAUGUAGUGAAGAAGACCGAACACCCGGCUCCGUGCUCACCCCUUCACCACCCCCCUACUUCCUCCUUUCUCUUUUCUUUACCAAAGCAAUUUUUUAA